AUGGACUUGCAAAACCGCCCCGAAAGCGGAGUGGACAGAGGCAAGAGAAACGGGCGAGGCGCGCGACACGAAAAUUGGCGGAGAGAAAAACAAGGGGGGAUCGCGCGCGACACACAGCGCGCGCCCCCCGCAGGAGCAAAGGCUGGAUGUGAGGGGGCAAAAGCAAAAGCAGCUGGACCAAAAGCCGGGCGCGUGGCGACAACCGGAGGUCGGCGACAAACAAGCGGCGAGGAGAGGGAACGCACCGUGCAACCGGUCAGCGACUCCCCCUCAUCAGCCCGAUUUGCAUGGAAAUUGAUUGUUGACGGGCCCGCGACAAAAACAAAUGAUGAGCGGGGUCAAUUGGCGACAGCGCUGAUCGCACCGUGCGCCUGCUCGCCCCCCAAAACGGAGUUCGUUUUUUUGUUUGGGCCGGAAAUCGAGGAAUGCACGGUGCGGCGAGUCCGGAAAGGGGGAUGCACGGUGCGGGCGAGGAAGGAAGUUGAUUGCACGGUGCACAGGAAAGGGCUUUGGAUUUGA